AUGGCGCAAAACUACUUCCUGCAUCUUGAGUGCAUAGCAAAAAGGUUGGAUCAGAGGCUUGAGCUUUUGAAGUCCCCAUUGCUGAAAAAAGAAUCGGUAGUUGCCAUCGGGCUCUUCGUCUACUACGUAGAAGCGACUGCUACAUGGUACAACAUCAUACGAUCCCCCAGAGUGGACUAUUUAAGUAGAGAUACUGGGUUACAUUUGAUCGUGGUCUACGACGUUCAAACCACAAGCACCCAUGCGAAUAUACAAAUCACGUCAUACGACGGCAUCAAUCCUGAAAUAACUGGCAGACAAAGAAUUAGUAAUACAUUCCCCGGGAUAGGGUGCAUUCCAAAUCAUCAACGACGGCGCUAUCUGAGAUGGAACCGCGAUUUUUGCAACAUGGUUCACUGUAACCCCAAUAAUGAUGAUGAAAACGGGCGCACAGCACGGAAGGACUCCGACGAUAUUCGGAAUCAGUCCCAAAUGGAAUCAUCGUCUCCGAUUCGGCAGAGCCCUACUCGGCCCACUGAAUUUCGAUGA